CAGUGGAGGUUUGGGGAUAAAAACCUUCGGGAAGGGGGCUGAGCUUCUUACACUACUCUGGGGAGGAGGAGGAGAAGAAGAAGAAGGAGGAGGUUUUCCUUAAACGGGAGCUGAUCGCCAGGCACGGAAGACUAUGCAUUAGGUUCGGAUCUUGAACACAGCAGGACUGCACUGAAUUUCCAUUUAUUACAUAAAAACACAGAUAUAUUUAUAUAUAUUUCUUUGUUUGUUUCAAGUUUUCAAGCGAAUUUGGAGAAUCGAAGUUACCGGUUAUAGUUCGUGUCUGACCUGCAGAUAAAUAGACUGCUGCAGUGCAAAUCAAAGCGAUCGCAUCGGCUGGUGCGAACUUUGUAAAAGUUUUGCUUUCAUCAGUAUUGCAUGGUCCCCUCCCACCGAAUGCAAAACGUUUCUCGGAACUUAAUGUUUUUUAAUGAUUCAUCUAUUUUGCUUUGGAUUUUAACCCAAAAACGGAAGACAGUUGUCAAUGCAAAAGUACGUAUAUGAGAAGGCAAUGGCACCAGAGAGCAGGAACGGAGGAAACGCAACGUUAAAUAAUAGCAACGGCAUGGACAGUUGCAAAAGGAAACUUCUCAUUAUCUUAGAUGUCUUCUGUUUGCUUUUAGCCGGCCUGCCUUUCCUGGUUAUCGAAACGAGCGCUGUCGAGCCCUACCGGCGCGGCUUUUACUGCAGCGACGAGUCCAUCAAGCUCCCGCUCAAAGACGGAGACACCAUAAGCGAUGCUGUGCUUACCGCUGCUGGCAUUCUUAUUACCGUCUUUUCUAUAAUCAUAGGUGAAUGCUACAGGAUCCACUACCUGAGCCAAGGCUCCAGAUCCUUCAUCGGCAACCCCUACGUCUCAGCUCUUUAUAAACAAGUGGGCUUCUUCAUUUUUGGCUGCGCCGUCAGCCAGUCAUUCACCGAUAUCGCCAAGGUGUCCGUGGGCCGAAUGCGCCCCCACUUCCUGGCUGUGUGUGACCCCGAUUUCAGCCUCAUCAACUGCUCUGUGGGAUACGUCGUGGAUUACAAGUGCCGAGGCCAGGAGAGCAGGGUCCAAGAGGCAAGGAAGUCCUUCUUCUCAGGCCACGCCUCCUUCUCCAUGUUCGCCAUGCUGUACCUGGUGUUCUACCUUCAGUCACGCUUCACGUGGCGCGGCGCCCGUCUCCUGAGGCCACUCCUGCAGUUCACCCUCCUCAUGAUGGCUUUCUACACCGGACUGUCCCGCGUCUCAGACCACAAGCACCACCCCACCGACGUGCUGGCGGGCUUCGUGCAGGGCGCACUCGUGGCCUACUGCGUGGUUUUCUAUGUGUCUGACCUCUUCAAGCCCAAGGCUAAGACUGUCUCGCCACCAUCUCCAGUGAAGAAGGAGCUUCUUCCUCCAGCAGACAUAACUGACAGGAACAACCACCAUAACAUUGUGUGAGGGGGGGUUCACACCCCAGGACAAUGGGAACCACGUGGAAAAUACACCUGACUGACAGCCGGCCCCCACUGCUGCUCAUUCUCCUCGUCUGACACCAGAAUGUAGGCAAGGGAACUAAUUCCCACUACUAAGACUAUUCAUCAUGACGUUCAUUAGAGCCACGUUAGAGGAGAGCCAGAAUCCUAAAUGUGAGUGACUUUGACGAGCAGCUACUGGCUCUUGGCUCAGAAUGGCUCUCCUUCUGUGGGAAAUAACUGGAUGAAAAGGCAAAGAGGAAUCACCAGAAUGAACGAAAGAGAAGCGAAAACGUGAAAUGGGGGUGAGGAUUCACUGCGCGCUCCAGUUCUUCCCCGGGACAGAAGUGGUCAUGCAUUCCCUCUGUUUCCAAACCUGUAUGCAUAUAGGACAACAAAUUCCUUAGUAAUAGGAAUGAUAUUUUUCUGCACAAAAUUUAACAAUAUUAAAUAACUCACAGCACUAUAUCCAAGCUAACGUCACCAUUUCACUGUCCUGAAUGGGAUGAUUUAAAAAGCCUUAAUCAGACGCCAAGGGGGUGUUUGUCCUUUUCCAAGGAAAACGAGGAUUCCCGGCAUAAAUGAGCCACUUGUUUGCCCCGUUAGGAUGCCUGCAAACAGAACUGCAGUGUAAGUUUAGUUAUGGACGUUCGGCGAGGGGACUUUGGUGGAUGGAGAGACAUGGGGUCCUGUUGCUGUUUACCCCCAGGCUGAGUGCCACGGUGGGGUCAGUGUUGUGGGCUGGGGCUGUUUGUCUGGGUGGGGGGGGGUGGGGGUCUUGGGAUUGACUCCGGGGGCUGGUAGGCACAUUUGGGCUGGGGGCUCUUUCCGCUGGUUGGGAUGGGCCCCGUUGACUCAAACGGCACAACAUGUUGGGAACUGACACAAAGAAAAGCGCCCCCCCCCGUCCCCCGCCACCCCCAGUCUGUGGAUCAGUCUCAGACAAGUUGGGGCCUGAACGUCAGUCUGCUACACGAAUACAGCCGUCCGUCUGGGGGGGGGCAGAGGCGUCGUCUGUUAUUAUGUUUCAAAAAAAAAAAAAAAAACUGUGGAUUUUUUUGUGUGUUAUAACUGCAUCUAACACCAUUAAUACUGUGCCUUCUGCCUUAUUAACCAUAAUAAUGUACAGUUUGUCUUGGUAUUUCACUUUUUAUGCAAGAACCCUGAAAAGAAAACUCGUACAUUGCGCGUCUUACAUAUUAUUUAGUCCGUCCUGUCAUUUCAAACACAGUAAGCUGUUUUUUUUGAUAACUGUAUAAAUAAUGUAUAUAUCACUAAAAAUGAACUAUGUAAAAUAUUAUGCCUGACUUUUUUAGAUAUAUCCACUAUGAAUUAAAAUGUUUGUGUCAUGACCUGUGUUACCUACAAAAUGCUGCUUAAACAAAUGCAUCGAUUGACUAUAUUUUGUAUUUAGUAAACUAAAAUAUUCUGGAUUUGUAAGGAGCGUAAAUCUCAUUACAACUACAGAUGAAAAGAUAUAUUUUAGUAUUUUUGUAUUGUCUGGUUUUGUACAAAAGAAAUUAUUAGCAUUUUCCCCCUGCUAAAUGUACUUAGUUAUAAUACAUAUGCCUUUAAAUAAAAACCUCAUCACAAACAAA